GUCAUGGAAAGUUUUACUUUUUGGAAAAUAGUGAAGAAUGAAGAUUUAUUCUAUUGAAUGAAUUGUGCUGGUAUUUCUGGGCUCAGUUCAUUCAGUCAUCCUUGUUUGACUGGUCAACCAAUGUUUGUGGAUAAGGAAGAUGGCUUCUGAAGAAAGUAUUUAUCACCUCAUGAAAUGUCUUUGUUCUCAUCACUUUGUGAAAAAUAAAUUUCAAAUUGGUCUAACUCACCUUAUAAAAAAACAACUGUUGAAAUCUUAUGAAGUGCUGCUGGAGCAUGAGUCUAGACCUGAGUCGUUCACCAUCCUUGAGAAAUUAUACAGUUACAUUGAGAGGUUGAGGUCAACAAAUAAUUCACCAACCGCCACUAAACUCGACAUUGCCCUUCAAAAGUUGUUUCAUUUAGGCUUGGACGAUGGCCUGGUUAGAAAUCUCUUACAACUGUUACUAAUGCUGGCCAAUUCAUCAAAGAAACCUGCCAAGGAUGCGACAUUAUGUCACUUCCCAAUUUUGACUUUGAAUAAAUUUGAGACGACGCUAGAUGAAGGCUUCAAUGAAGACAGUCCAACGGGGAGUCUGAGGGGAGAGGAAGCUGAUGAUGGUGGAGGCAGACAGGAGAAGGAUGAAGAUGAUGACGUCUGGGAGCAUUUGCAUCUCAAGAAUCAACAGAUCAUCACAUAUUCGUCGUGGGAUUCAUCUAGGAAGUUCAUGAAGCCCUCUGAAUUGCCAUACAUAACAGAUCUCGUACCAUCAAUCCAUCCACCAGUGACAUCCCCGUUAUUGACAUCAUCCGACCUUCAACAUCCAUCCAUUCACCAAUCCAUCCAUCAAUCCAUCCUUUUGAAGUCCUUGUGUCAUGCCGCUUGUACGUCAAGUGCUUCCUUCAU